GUGCGCACAAAUGGAGAGGGAAGCAGCAGAAGACAACACUGACCGGCAGGUUCAGUCACAUUUCCAUGCACAAAAGUAUCAUUCAGUGACUUGUAGGUGCCUCGGCUGUGCGAUGUAAAAGUGAAGAAAUGGCAGAGAGUGGAAGAAAUGGGGAAAGAAGAAGCGAGGAUAAAGAAGGAGGUGGUGGCACCCACAAACUCUCCCCUGUUGGUACCCCCUCCUUCGGGACCAAAAGACAUCUCCCCCGAGGGAUUGUGAUCCAGCUGACUGGGACAGAGGGAGAGUGGGACAGCCUAGAUGACAGUGAACUCAUCUUCUCCCUUGAUCACGAUGAGGACUACCCGUCUAUAUCUCUCUCUAAGGAGAGGCAGCUUUCUGUUGAGGAUGACAGAGGGUUACAGUCUCAAGCUUUCCACGUCCCCCUCUCACCCUCCUCACCUGGCUCUCUAGGGAACUGCUCCGCCACUGGCCCCAGUUUCCUCUCCCCGGGCCCAUCCUCACCUACCCACCGACCCCUCGCAAGCCUGGUCAAGUCUCUGUCCACUGAGCUGGAGCUGAAAGAAGGCUCCACCCUUAGACCCAAGCCCCUCCUCAGCCUCGUGAAGUCGAUCUCCACGGAGAUCUCCCGCUCGGAGCCCGAGGUGUCUCAGUCCAAAUCGGACUCUCGCCUCAACCUCCACCUGUGGAAGCAGCUGACCCAACCAAAAAACCGCAGCAACGGGGACUCUCGUACUGCGCCCCCUUCACCGAGCUCCCUCUCCCCCAGCGCAGAGGGUCUGAAAGGCGGCUUCUUCAAAAUGGAGCUGGAGGACACCAAGAGGAAGCUCUCAGAGGCCGUGCACGAACCCCUGAGCAGCAUGUUCAGUAAGAUCAUGAGAGAAGAGAGCGCAGGCAGCCCCAAACACCAGUGUAGGAUGCAGGGGGCUCACCAGGCCAGCUCCAGAGGUCUGGGCCGUGAAGGCAGCACGGACACUGUUCUCUCAGAUUCUCCUGUGAGGAAUACUAGAAAAACAGAUGCUGAUGUUUUGCCUUCUGUUUUUGACUGGCCUUCUGUGAGACACCUUGGGAGAAUUCACCGCAGCCCCUGUCCUGUGCAUCACAGCAGACAACAUAAGAGAGAGGAGGAGCUGGAAAUUUGCACUGAUGGUGAUAUGAUGCAAGUAUUAGCCAUCGAGACACGCAGGCAGGCGAGGAGACCGCCUGCUGGUUCUCAGGUCCCCGCACCAGCCUUGGUUCAGACCUCACCUCAUCCUCUGCCCCGCAUGAGUUUGUUCUGUGUGGCAGUGCUGUCUUACGGCUACUUCAUCCUACCUCUCAGUCCAUACUUCUCUGGCCUGGCUCUGGGAUUAGCGCUGGGCUUCUUGCUAGGACUGUUGCUCAUUAGGAUGGGCUCCUCCAGGUCUCACUGCCCAGCUCCUCCCCACAGACCAGCACAGACCCUGCUGGGAGAGGUGAUUCUGACAGGUGGCAAUGUCAACACUGAGCCUGACAUCCUCAAGGGCUGGAUGAAUGAGGUGCAUGAUUACGACCCAGAAACCUACCAUCCAGCUCUGACUCACUCUGUGUUUGCCACCCUGGAGGGCUCCUGUCUCCGCCUGGACUCCCCACGUACCAACAUCAGCCGCAGGGCCACGUACGACGAGAGAGUCCCUGAGCCCACCUUUGUCAAGUCACGCUGUUUUCAUCUUGCAAAGAGCAAAGUAUUCCUGCUGCCAUCUGUGCUGGCUCGGAAGAGGGUGUGGAACCCAAAGUAUCCCAUCUGCGUCCAGCUGGCCAGGGGAGUGAACUCCCUGGAGGAUGAGGGAGGAAGGUCGGAGGAGAGUCGGGGAGAGGAGCCAGGAGCUGAACCGACGAGUCAGAAACAAAGUUCCUCCAAACCCGCCCAUGAUCUGCCCACCACUCUUUACCUCUUCGGCCGCACGGGACGAGAGAAAGAAGAGUGGUUUCGUCAUUUCAUGUUUGCGUCCACGGACUCAGAGAGGGACAGACAGAGACCUGGCAGAUGUGUGUCCAGAUCGGGUGACCCAGCAGCGGCACAGAGUGUUUCUGCCCCGAGUAAUAUCCCAAGCAGCAGAGGCUCCAGCAGACUGGGCAGCAGUGAUGAUGAUGCCCCCUGUGCCCCUCCAGUCUCCUGCAUCCCUGCAGCUAAUGUCAGUCAGACCUCCAGCAGCACCAGGGGCGUUUCACUGCUCGACUACCCCAGCUACAUGGCUCGUCUCCUGGCCGCAGAGGAGAUGACGCCCCUCUCCAGCCCUGGAGCCAGCAGCACAGAGACAAGCCCCACCAUUAAAGGAAACUGUAUCUGUGAUCUGGCAGAGUACCCUGGGAAAAGCCAGACCGCGUGGGCUAACGCUCUAAUUGGUCGUAUCUUCUGGGACUUCCUGCGAGAGAGGCACUGGGCCGACGCCGUCUCCCACAAGAUCCAGAAGAAGCUCAGCAAUAUCAGACUGCCUUACUUUAUGAAUGAGCUGACUCUGACUGAGCUGGAUAUGGGCUGCUCUAUGCCACAUAUCACCUCUACCUCCAGACCAGAGGUUAACCACCGAGGCCUGUGGGUGGAGUUGCAGCUGGUGUAUCGCGGUGCCCUGCAGAUGACCCUGCAGACCAAGUUCAACCUGUCCAAGCUGGGAAAGGAGGGCGGCCAGGACACAGACUGUACGACUGAGACUGGGAGCCCACGCUGCAGGCCUGUCCUCAGCGUGUUGGCGGACAGUGAUGAGGAGUCCUCCAGCGCUGGCUCGUCUGAUGAGGAAGAGCUGCUUCUCUCCGAGCCUCAGGGUCCGGUGGGGGAGAAGGGAUCAACACCGGUAACUGAAGGGACGGGGGGAGGCAGGACUGGAAGGAAGAUUUUGAGAUUUGUGGACAAAAUCGCUAAAUCCAAGUAUUUCCAGAAGGCGACGGAGAACGAGUUCAUUAAGAAGAAGUUUGAGGAGAUGUCCAACACCCCCCUGCUGCUCACUGUGGAGGUUCAGGAGCUGUCAGGGACUCUGGUCGUCAACAUCCCACCACCUCCUACUGACAGGAUAUGGUACAGUUUCUGUGUGCCACCCAAGCUGGAUCUACGCGUCCAUCCCAAACUGGGGGAGAGGGAGGUGACUUUCUGCCACGUGACCGAGUGGAUUGAGAGGAAACUGCAGGACGAGUUCCAGAAAGUUUUUGUGCUGCCAAACAUGGAUGACAUCUACUUACCCCUGAUGCACUCAGGGGUGGAUCACCCUCAAGCCUCCCAGCACCUGUCCCCUCAGUCCCAACGCUCCCAAAGCUCCUCCACAGAGUCUAUAGAGAGGAUCCCACCUGAGGUCUCCACGGCAGAGUCUGACUAGCUGAGGAUCAAAGGAGAGCUGAGGCUGAAAGGUGGUUUUAUAUUAUAUAUUCACGGUAAGAAAAGGAGAAGCAGAAUGAAACUCACCAAACAGAACAUAAAGUUAGAUUUGCCUCUAUAGACUUACAGACCCUCGUGUUUAUGUCUGAGCCAGGAGUUUCUAAAAGUCUGACACAUUGCGCUGUAGGUGUAGCUGGAGUUCGUUUGCACCAUCACAAGAAGAUAAUUUAACGAUUUGGUAAAGUCUGAGUUACAGAUGCUGUACAUUUCAUGAUGACAGACAACUACAAGUGAUACCUUUUGCAAAUGUUUACAUUUGAAUGAUCCCUGUGAGAGAUUAUAUCUAUAUUUAUUUGCUGCUUUGGUGUUUACAACUCAAGGUCACUUUGGAUAUAAGAUGAUGGACAUUAUUAAAUAAAAGCUUGAGAAAAACAUGUCAGUGCUAUUCUCAUGCACCCUCAUGAGGCAGCACACAGAAG